UUCUUCCAUGGAUCCUCUGUUUUUGGAGUUUCCACCUUAUCCCACCAAAGAAGAAAAGUGACAUUAGAGAGAUACUUUAGACAUAACUUGUAGCCUCAGCAAAAGCAUUGAUUCCGACCACAUAACAAAGGGUCAAGAAGAGAUUCUCCAGCCCGGUUUCAGUAUUACAUGAUAUGAUUAAAUUAUAUUGCUGUGACUCAAAUCCUCACAUAGAUAUUGUGCUGCAACAGUUCCUGCUUGUCUCUGUCUGCAGGCACUACAAAGGAAAGUAGGGUUAUAUGACUACUGCUAAUGGCUUCCAUUAAGGGCCAUCAGCGACGAGCUUUGCCUAUUGCUAUCUGUGCUAUCGCAUCGGUCCUUGCCUCCAUCUUCCUGGGCACUCAUUUCUUCCGCAAGAAGAGAUGGCAAAACGGGAAUUCCACCGGGACGAGCUCCGAUGUUUCUCAGCAAGAGAUAGAUGAGAACCACUCAGUUGAUGCUGAUAUUGGCUAUGAGUUCGAAGUGUUCUUAAGCUUCAGAGGUUCUGACAACCGCAAAUCAUUCACCGAUUACCUUUACCAUAGCCUGAAAGAUGCAGGGGUGUGGGCCUUCAGAGACAACGAGGAGCUUCGUGUUGGGGAGGAGAUUGGCCCAAAGCUCAUGAAAUCAAUCAAGCAGUCAAAGAUCUGCAUCCCCAUCUUCUCCAGGGAUUAUGCUACGAGCAAGUGGUGCCUCAAGGAGGUGACGGAGAUGGUUAAGUGCAUGAAGGAGAACAAACGGCUGAUCAUGCCGGUUUUUUUGGAUGUUACUCCCGAUGAAGUUCAACACGCAAGAGGGAGCUACGCUAAACCAUUUUCUCAGCACGAAAGGAGGUAUGGGCGAGAGGCAGUCCAGGAGUGGAGGGAUGCUCUGAAGGAAGUUGUGAAACUGAAGGGCUUGGAAUUAAAUAAAGUGGCAAAUGGAAAUCAGGGAGAAUUCAUAAACUUAAUUGUUGCAACGGUUUUAAGAGAAUUGAAGAAAGCGUACCUGAAUGUGGGUGACAGGUUAGUUGGAAUUGAUGAUCAUGCUGAGGAAGUCAUGAAACUGUUAGAGGUUGGCGUAAAUGAUGUUCGGAUUGUUGGAAUUUGGGGCAUGGGAGGUAUUGGAAAGACGACUCUCGCCAAGUUUGUCUACAACCAGAUUGUGGAGAGCUUUGAACGUUGUUCCUUCCUCAGUGAUAUUCGGGAUACCUCCAGAAAUCCAACUGGUCUACCAUAUUUACAAAGUAAGCUGGUCUCUGACAUAUUAAGGCUUGAGCGUGAAGACAUUGCUAAUGUAGAAGAAGGAACUCAGGUGCUUAAGGAUAGGCUUCGUGAUAAAAGAUCCCUCAUUCUUCUUGAUGAUGUUGGUCAUAUUGACCAGCUUUCGGCUCUGGCGUCGGACCUUAGUUGGUUUGGUCCAGGAAGUAAGAUUAUCGUCACAACCAGAGAAAAGGAAGUUCUAGAUCAGUUUCAAGUGCAAAAUGCUUAUGAAGUUCCGCUACUAAGCAAAGAUCAAGCUUUUGAGCUCUUCUGCAAGCACGCUUUCAGAGAUGACUUGCGUGCGAAUGACUUUUUGGUUGAGGCUCGAGAAAUCGUGAACAUAACUGGAAGGCUUCCUCUAGCACUUGAGGUUAUCGGCUCGUUUUUAUCUGUAUAUCGUGGAAGAAAGGAUAUAUGGGAUGGUACGAUAGAGCAGUUGAAGAGAAAACCGACCAUGGAUGUCCAAGAUAAACUGAAUAUUAGUUUUGAAUCAUUAUCUUCCGAGCAAAAGGAGAUAUUCCUAGAUAUUGCAUGCCUUUUCAAUGGGAUAGAUGUCAGGAUUGUAACUCCCAUGUGGGACGAUUGCAAGUUCUUACCUGAAGUAGGAAUCGAAAUGCUCCUUCUAAAGUCUCUAAUUAAAAUUGGAGAUAAAAAGGAAAUACAGAUGCACGAUCAACUUAGAGACCUCGGCAGGCGCAUUGUGGAGCAAGAAAACUACAGAGAACCAGGGUUAAGAAGCAGGAUAUGGCGCAGCGAAGAGGCAAUUGAUGUAUUAAUCGAGCAGGAGGGAACAUCAAAAGUUAAAGCCAUCAGUCUAGAAGGAUACCGAUUUACAGAGGAAGAAGAGCAUCUUACAGACGAAAUGUUUAAGGAUCUGCCGAGGCUACGGGUUCUUGAACUUGCUGGUGCUAAACUCGAUGGAAACUUUCAGCGUCUUUUCUCUCAGCUAACGUGGCUUAGUUGGCAAGCGCAGAACACAUCCCUGCCUGCCAAUUUACAUCUCAAGAAAUUAAUUGUCCUUAAUCUAUCAAGGAGCUCUAUUCAAGAGGAUUGGCUCGGUUGGAGCUCAAUCAAGUUUGGGAUAAACCUGAAAGCUCUUAAUCUCACCGAUUGCCCGAUGAACACAACUCCUGAUUUCUCAUUGUUUCCAAGGUUAGAGAGACUGAUCAUUGAAGCCUGCAAGAAUUUGACCUCCAUUGAUUCAUCGAUCGGGCUUCUCAAGUUUCUUGCUUUCUUAAACUUGAGGAAAUGUUGGAGACUGACGAAGCUGCCUGAGCAGUUGAGCUCCAUGGAGGAAUUGACUGAGCUUCUCAUUGACGCAACCCGCAUAGAAGAAGUACCUAUAUCAGGAACUAUGAAGAAGCUUGAAGUGCUAUCUGCCAAUAGUUGCAGAUUUCUUAAUCAGAUUCCGGAAUCCAUUGGAUCCCUUGUCAAUCUGAAGCAACUGUCGUUAGAGUAUUGUGUAAGACUGAAGGAACUUCCAGACUCCAUAGGGCAGCUAACCUCAUUAGUUGAGCUAACUUUGUCGUACAGCAGAGUAAAAGCAUUGCCUGACUCGGUUGGAAAUCUAAAUAACUUGGAACUUCUCAAGAUUGAUAAUAUGGAAAGAACUUGUUUACCGGGUGACUUAGGAAAUUUAGAGAAGCUCCAAGUACUCGAUGCUUCGUGGUCUUCGCUGGAAGGGCAAAUUCCUACCAACAUUGAGAGGCUGUCGUUUCUGAAGGUUUUGAAAUUAGACGGGAUUAAGAGCCUUCCUGCAGAUAUCAGCAGUCUUUCUCAGUUGCGAACCCUUCGCUUAGGAGAAUGCCAGAGUCUUCAGACCCUUCCUAGGCUUCCGUCAAGCUUAGUUAGUCUAACACUAGAAGCCUCAUCAAUGCCGACUUCCCCGGACCUCGCGCACUUGAUUCAUUUAAAAGAGUUGUUUCUUUCAGGGGACUUUGAGUUGAAGGAGGAGUCCCUGGCGGCGUUAUUGAAAUUGGAGAAGUUGUUCUUGAAAUCCGUAAGGAUCAGCACCUUGCCAGAAGCAGUAGCUGGCUUCCAUCGGCUUAAAGAGAUUGACAUAUCUGAUUGUGCGGAACUCAAAUGCCUUCCUGCACUUCCCUCGAGUCUGUAUUUUCUGACAGUUAAUAGUUGCGGUUCGCUUCAAAGGUUUCCAAACAUUUCAAACUUGAAAAAUCUGUCGCAGUUACAUGUUGGGUUCUGUUCCACACUCAGAGAAAUCGAAGGCCUAGGGGGACUCGUUUCACUGAAAAUUCUCUGGACAUCUCACAGCCCUUUAGCUAAGCUCGAUGGCCUUGAAAGACUCGAGUCUUUAACCGAGCUGUCCGUUGAGUCUUGCGAAGUUGAAAGACUACCCAACUUAUCCGAGUUAAAGAAUCUGGAGCAACUAGAUGUUUCAGAUAGCAGAAAGCUAGUCGAGGUUCAGGGGGUUCAGGGCCUCAGCAAUCUGCACAAACUGAAGAAGGUGAACUUCUCCCACUGCACAUCCCUGGAAAUUUUACCCAAACUACCCGAUUGUUUGCAGUAUCUAUGGCUCCGGUACUGCGAGAAGUUGCACCAACUCGAGGCGCUUGACGAUUUGGAGUCACUGGUGGAGUUGGAUAUAACUGGGUGCAAAGCAAUUGAGAAGCUGCCGAACCUAUCGAAGUUGCGUAGGUUAGAGUCUCUGAUAAUGAAAAGGUGCGAGAUCAUCACGGAAAUUCAGGGACUCGAGGAAUUGAGCAAUCUCAAAGUGCUGGCUAUCUAUGGAUGCAAAGCGCUUAAGCUGCCGGAUUUGUCGAAACUACAGAGCAAUGGGCUAAAGUUAGAAACUACUCAAUCCAAUUGCAGCAUAGUUUAACCGAAGGCAAGGGAAGGAUUUGCUCGAAGUUGAAGCAUGGAAUUUAUUUGCAAAACUUUUACCAGAUGUACCUACCUGUUAAGGUACUAAUACGUACUUUCUCUGGUUCUCCAUUUUCCAUGUAAAGUUAAAUGAUUGACGAGUUGAAUUUGUCAAGCAUCUACACGUUACCAAGUUCAAACAUUCUCCAGUUUCGGGCUUCAAAACAUGGCCGCAAUAUGCAUACAGCAAAGAAUUAACUUUGGUGCCUUAAGGCAGGGUUUAGAAGGAUAGCCGUGAAAGCCUGGAACUCUGUUCCUAUCAUAUAUGCUGAUUCAUUGAUUUUUGCAACCAGUACAUGCAUUGUAAUCCAGCUCGAGGGCCCACUGCAUUUUUUGCAAUUUGAAAGAAUAAUCAUAGGUUAUGGUACUGAAAUACCACCUGUUUUGCGUUUAACGUGGAAAGCACGUCAACUGGGGAUUAUUAUUUUUUUUUGUAAUAAGUAAAACAGUGGACAGUAGUGAUGACAA